UUAGAUUUUUGUUGUUGUUGUUCCUUCUGUUCAGGGUUGAACACACACGGACAUACACACAUACCGCUCUUCAUUCUAUACACAAAAAAAAAACUCUCUAUUUAAAACUAUGUUUAUUGGCGUUGUAGGAACACAAUGCAGUGGAAAGCAUUCGGUCGCCGAGUACCUCGUUCAAAGACAUGGCUUCCAGAUCCUAAGCUUGCGCAACAGCGUUGAAUUAGAUCGGACUGUAUGUCAAACUGCACUCGAGUUCUCCAGUGUGGAAGAAAUGCACAAUUACGUAACUGAUCGAUGGAGAGAAAACUUUGUUACCUGCGAUAUUGACGGUCAAAACCUGAGUUUAUUAAAUAAGCGCCCAUUUUUCUUGCUUGUUUCCGUCGAGGCACCAUUAUCGAUGCGGUACCAACGCUUCAUAGAAAGGUGCGCCGCCAGCGAUAGCAUUCCAAAACGUACGUUGGAGCAAUUUAUACAAGACGACGAUCAAGCCAUGUAUAACACCUCGGAACAAGCUUUGCCAUUAUCCCAGCUGCAAAAGUUACCGCUACAUCGUAUUAUAUCGUCGUCCGACAUUACCAUCACAAACGUAUAUGCUCAAAAGUGCGAUUUCAUGGCGUCUUUGGAUACACUCGACUUGACGGACCCAGAGCGAAUACGGCCGUCAUGGGACACCUACUUUAUGCAUCUUUCCGAUCUUGCUGCACGGCGAUCGAACUGUAUGAAACGUCGCGUUGGCUGCAUUCUUGUUAAGGACUCUCGUAUCAUUGCCACGGGAUACAACGGCACACCGCGUGGAUUGCGCAACUGCAACGAAGGAGGAUGUGGUCGCUGUAAUGCUAAUGCACCCUGUGGCACCGGUUUGGAUCGAUGUUUAUGCAUGCACGCCGAAGAGAAUGCUCUUUUGGAAGCAGGAAGAAGUCGAGUGGACUUUGGAAUUGGCGUUGUGCUCUAUUGUAAUACAUGCCCGUGCCUUGGAUGCGCGAUCAAGAUUGUACAGAUUGGUGUUAAAGAAGUCGUUUAUUCAAAAUCAUAUGGCAUGGAUGAAAUGACAGCCAAGGUAUUUGCGGAGGCCAACGUCAAGCUACGUCAACAUUCGCCGCCUAGCAUGCGGUUAGAGACACAGCCGGCAUCAUUACAGAAAGAUCGAAUCAUUGAGCAGCUAGGCUUGAAGUAACAGCAGCCUUUUUAAUAAAUUAUUCUUUUUAUCAUUUUCUUAUUUAUAAAAUAGUAGUUCAAUCGGAUUGGUUCAACCCAUUGAGAGACAAAAAAUUUGUGAUAACCUCCUUGGUGUUCCGCAGCCACGGAAAUCUUUAGUAAAAGGCGAAAGAUUUAUCCGAUCUGAUUACAGAACAGAGGCAUGAGAGAAAGAGAAACGGCCUUGGAGACGGCCUUCUUUUA